AUGGAGCUUGCGGCUUCUGCCAGUGGAGAGAGCGCAGACACCAUGGAGUGUGAUGUGGAGCGCGGACGGACGGAUGACCGAGUGCUGCAUCUGCCGGGCCGACCCGACCCGUUGCCCUACUCGCAGUUCAUCGAGGAGGAGCGUCGCAUCAUCAACCCGGACUUCAAACCGCUGUUUGCAGCCGUGCGCGGGCUCACCGUCACCGUCAGCGCGCCGCCGCCCACCCACCGCCAGCGAAGCGUGGCUUCGACCGUCGUCGACCUGGCGCACUCACUCAGCCGCAAGCGGGCCUCGACUCCGGUCGACAUUCUGCACGACCUCGACUUCUAUCUCAAGCCCGGAGAAAUGACUCUUCUCCUCGGCGCCCCUGGAUGCGGCAAGAGUGUGCUGUUGAAGCUGUUGGCUAAUCAGCUGCACGCGGGCCGAGUCAAGGGCAGCGUGACAUUCAACGGCCUGGUGCCCGACCGCGACACCCACCACAGCUCCGUCGCCUUCGUACAGCAGGCCGACGUUCACUUUGCGACGUUGACGGUGAGAGAGACGCUGCAAUUCAGCGCCGACUGCCAGAUGCCGCCGGGCGUGAGCAAGAAGACGCGGCAGGAACGGGUGGAGGCGACCCUUCAGCUGCUGGGCCUGCAGCACCGCGCGGACACGAUCGUCGGCGACAGCAUGCUGCGCGGCGUGUCAGGCGGCGAGAAGAAGCGGGUGACGAUCGGCAUCGAGUGGACCAAGUCCCCCGGCCCGAGUAUGGAGGUGUUCCGCCUGUUCGACCGGGUGCUCAUCAUGACCAAGGGCGAGAUCGCCUUCUGUGGUCCGCGUACUGAGGCGCUGCCCUACUUCGAGCGCCUGGGCUACACCUGCCCACCGACCCUCAACCCCGCCGAAUUCCUUCUGUCGACCACUCUGAUCACUAACAUGUAUCCGGCGUCCAAUCAAAACACACCAACAGAGGAGGUCGUCGAAUCGGCGUCGGCGAUUGGCCGGACCAAGUACAGGCACCCGGGCGACAGCGGCCAGGAGGAUCGCGUCGACGACGCCGACUUCAAGUGGCUCGAGCCCAGCGACUUCGUGGACCACUACAGGCAGUCGCCCUACCACCAGCAGGUGCUCGACGAGAUCCGGUCCCACCUGGACGACCCCAAGCGCGACAGCGUCGACACCACCUACGGAGACGAUGACGGCCAGCUCCCGUUGGCAGACAAAGCCAAGCCCGCCAAGUACCCCACGCCGCUCUACAAGUACUGCCUCCUACAAUACGGACUUCUGGUAAAGCGAGCGCUGAUCCGUGAGUGGCGCGAUAUGGUGACCAAUCGCGCGCGUCUUGUUGGAACCGCGCUGGAGGCGUUCAUCGUUGGAACGCUCUUCCUGCUUCUGGGCCACGUCCAGUCGGAUGCGACGACCAGGCUCGGCCUGCUGUUCUGCGUGUUGGCCUUCUUCACUUUCGAAUCGCUCGCCGCGCUUCCCACGGCGAUCUUCGAGCGACCGGUCUUCUACAUGCAGAGAGGCCAGAAGUACUACCACACCUCGCCCUACGUCUUGUCCCACCUCAUCGCCGAGGUGCCGAUGGUGUUGAUCGAAAUUACAUUCUUCUCGGCGUUCGUCUACUGGAUAACCGGUUUGAGCGACUUGGACGCCGGUGGCCGCUUUGGUUACUUUUACUUCUUGCUCAUCCUGUACUACUUGACCAUCACGCCUCCUUGCCUGGCGUUCCUCCUCCUUUUUGCCGGCUUCAUCAUCCCCAGGACGGACAUACACCCGUGGUGGAUUUGGAUGUACUGGGCCAACCCAACCACGUAUGCAUUCCAGGGCAUGGCGUCGAACGAGUUCUGGGACCAGCCCUACCACUGCACGCUCGAGGAGCUCAUGCCGCCCUCGAGCGUGUGCCCCAUGACCUGGGGCACCGACUACGGCAUCGACAAGUGGGGCGUGUUCGAUGGCGAGAACAUCAAGUGGGCCAUGGUGCCCGCUCUCAUCGGCUGGUACAUCAUCUUCAACACGAUCACCUACUUGGGCAUGCGAUUCUACCACCACGCGCCUCCCGGCAAGCCGCACAUGAAGGAGGUGCUCUACAGCCCCGAAGAGGAGCGCGAAAUGGAGGAGUUUAACAUCAAGGACCACAAGGUCGACGAGAUCGUGAACGCCAGCGAGAAGAAGAAGAAGAGUGUCAGCAGCGACGACUCGGAAGACGAGUUCUCUGACGAGGCUGACGAAUCGGCUAGCAGCGGCGGCGGGCUGCUCAAGGGCGGCGCCUACCUGUCGUGGCAACACCUCAACUACACGGUCUUCAAUCGCUCGGGCCUCAAGAAGCAGCCCCUCCAGCUGCUCCACGACGUGUCCGGCUUUGUCAAGCCUGGCAACAUGCUCGCACUCAUGGGCUCGUCGGGUGCCGGUAAGUCGACGCUGAUGGACGUGCUUGCCCGGCGUAAGACCGGGGGCAAGAUCACCGGCGAGAUUCUGGUCAACGGCCGCCCGACCGACGGCAACCUGUCGCGCAUCAUCGGCUACGUGGAGCAGCAGGACCUCCACGUGCCCACGCAGACCAUCCUCGAAGCCAUCGAGUUCAGUGCCUUCUGUCGACUGCCGCACUACAUCCCGCGCGAGACCAAGCGAGCGUACGCCCGGAGCCUUCUCAAGAUCCUGGGGCUGGAGAAGAAGGCCAACCGGGUGAUCGGCAACCACGCCGGCGACGGCAUUUCCAACGACGAGCGCAAGCGCGUAACGAUGGGCGUCGAGAUGGCCGCCGACCCCGCCAUUCUCUUCCUCGACGAGCCGACCUCCGGAUUGGACUCGCUGGGCGCGGAGCGGGUAAUGCGGGCGAUCAAGAACAUCGCUGCGCGGGGGACAUCGGUGAUCUGCACCAUCCAUCAGCCCAGCAAGGCCAUCUUCAGCAUGUUCUCGCACCUGCUCCUCCUGAAGAAGGGCGGGUACGUCACCUAUUUCGGCCCGGUGGGCACCCGGGAGGGCGACUGCUCCACGCUGCUGAACUACCUGGCGUCGCACGGCCAUGUCAUGGACCCCGAAGCCAACCCUGCCGAGUUCAUCCUCGAGGUGACUGGUGCGGGUAUCACCAAGAAGGCCGCCAAAGACAGCGAUGACGAUGACUCAGAGGAAGAGGAAGAGGGCAAGCUGGCCAAGACCGACGAGAACUACUUCGUCCAGGCCUACAGGCAGUCGGCCUUCUACGCGUCGGCGGACCAGGAGCUCACGCGCGGUAUCUACGCCGCCGCAGUGAUGGACAAGAGCGGCACGGACGACGGCGCGCGGGAGAAGCGAUGGCACCACAAGAUCAAGCGGCGGCUGAGCGACCGCUACGCGAGCCUGCCGACCACGCAGCUGUGGGAGAUGUUCGUGCGCGGGACGAAGAGCUACUGGCGUCAGCCGGAGGAGUUCGUCAUGAAGCUCUCGCUGCCGAUCGUCAUGGGCGUCGUGCUGGGUACCUACUUCCUCGACCUGGGCCGCGACCAGGCCUCCAACACCCAACGCGUGGGCAUGCUCUACUACGCCCUCCUCUUCUCCAACAUGGGCGCCCUUCAGCUCAAGGCCAACCUGAUCCUGUCGCGACCGCCCAUGUACCGCGAGCGGGCCUCGCGCACCUACUCGUCGUUCAUCUACCUGCUCAGCCUCAUCGCCAUCGAGCUGCCCUACAUUCUGAUCAACACCGUCACCUUUGUUGUUCCGGUGUACUUCAUAUCGGGGCUGCAGUACGAGGCGGGCAAGUUUUGGAUCUUCUUCGCGCUCUACCUGCUGGCCAACCUGAUCUCGCUGGUGGUGGUCUACACGCUCUGCUUCUCGGCGCCCAACAUCGCCGUGGCCAACGUCAUGGCGGGCCUCGUGUUCACCGUCCUCUCCAUGUUCGCCGGCUUCCUCAUCGCGCGCAACAAGAUCCCCGACUACUGGAUCUGGCUCCACUACCUGGACGUCAACAUGUACCCCAUCGAGGCCCUGCUGAUCAACGAGAUCAAGGGCAUGGACUUCCACUGCUCCGACAGCGAGCUCGUUCAGGUCCCGAUUACGUUGGCCGCCGGAGGAACGGCGACGGCGUACUACUGCCCCAUCACGACCGGCGAGCAGUUCCUGGAUAGCCUGGGAAUGUCGGCCGAUAACAUGCUGCGCGAUUCGCUCGUCAUGGUGGGCUGGGUCCUGGCCCUGUUCAUCUCGAGCGCCUUCCUCCUCAAGUGCGUAGUACACCAGAAGCGAUAA